GACAGGUAGAAGGCGAAGUAUCUAAAGUUGGUCUAAUGUUCCGUGAUAGGGCGUGAGCGCUAGCAUUACAACUUGUGUCGUUUUGUCUAGAUUUUACCACUCGUGAUGGGGAAGAAGAACAGCAAGCUGAAACCGGAAAUGAUUUCGAAAUUGGUUCAGGAAACUUAUUUCACAGAAAAGGAAGUUCGACAGUGGUACAAAGGCUUCUUAAAGGACUGCCCUGACGGACUCCUUACUGAACAGGGAUUUCUGAAGAUUUACAGGCAGUUUUUUCCUCAUGGUGACCCCUCCAAGUUUGCAUCCCUGGUCUUCAGAGUAUUUGAUGAGAAUAAGAAAUUAAAUGAAACAACUUUACAAGAUAGCGAAGAUAUGCUUAAAAAUGAAUGUAUAUACCAAGUGUCUCAAGCUGAUUUUACAAACCAAGGGGCGUUCAAGCUCUACGAUGUAGACAACGAUGGAUACAUCACGAGAGAAGAAAUGUACAGUAUUGUAGACGCUAUUUAUGAAAUGUUGGGAAACCAAGGAAAGGACGAAGUGGAAGAAUCACCCAGACAUCGUGUGGAUCGAAUCUUUGAACAGCUCGAUAAGAAUCACGACAAUAAGCUAACUAUUGACGAGUUCAAAGAAGGUUCACGACACGAUCCCAAGAUUGUCCAAGCGUUAUCUCUCUAUACACCGUGAGGAGGCGUUCUUCAUUUAUAUACCAAGAUAAUGGAUUAUGUUGAAGUGCUUAACAUAUCUUCGGACUUCCGUAAAGAAGAGGAAGAGAUAAUGGGAGUUUUUCUGUUUUCCUCAUUAGUAUUGCUGUAUUUGUUCUAUUAUUUUAUGUAAUAAUUUGCAUACGUGUAACAAACGUUUUAUAAUUUAAUUUACGUCUUAAAUAUAUUAAUAUACUUGAAAUAUUUCGUACCGCUGUGUGCGGCACCUGUAGGUAAUUUUAUGUCGACUGUAUGAUGAUGAUUUGUAUUUGAUAGUUAAACAUAUUUUACUGAGUCUAAUACGAAGUUGUGUAUUGCUUAUAUUUAUAAAGGGAGUGUUGUUUUGAGCUAUAGCUCUAUAAUUUAUAUGAAACGAGACACAGCUUUCAAUCGUAAGGUGCAAGUGCUCAAUGAGCGACUCCAUUUACACAAAAUGGGACAGGAGGACUCACUCAUUUAUGUGUAUUUAUAGUAAAAGUUCUGUCCCUCUCUCUCUUUCUUAUAUAUAUUUUUAAGACGUUUAAUUACAUAUCGAUUUGGUUUUACAUUUGCUCUUGAAUUUAAUGACAUUUGAUCAUAUAAUGAAGCUAUGAAUUAUUUAAAGUUUGUAGCAACGCCGUAGCUAAACCAAUUCUAUUUGUUAAUCCUUCUUUUUACCAUUACUAGGUAGACACUUUUAAUAAAAGCUAAUUGUAAGCCUUAUAUUUCUAUGUUGUAGUGCUUUUUAAGAUAAUUAAAAGCGAAAGUUAUGGCAAUUA